GGGCUGAGAAGAAACGACACUAAUAUGAUUAUUUUUCAUGAGAAGUGACUUUAAUUUAGUCUCAUGGCCUUCAAAGGAAAAGUAUCAAGUACUAAGCUGUAUCAUCUGUCUUUUGAAAAUACUUGUUUGCUGGCUUUCCUGAGUAAAACCUAAGACCAGUUUAUUGUGACGUGAGUACAGCAGGAUUGAUGAUCAGUCAGUUCCAUUUCAUGAUGAAUGUACUCCUGCAUUUGCUGCUUUGCUUGAUCAUUUUCUACUCUGUCUAUUACAUGACAGCAAGUGUCUGCUUUGGAGCCUUCCGACUUGAAACAUUUGAUGGCCUUAUUCCUUUCGACUUCAAAACAGAGCCUUCUGACUCCAACUCAAAAUAUCUGGUGAAUUUACUAUCAAUGGAGUUGACAUAUUUUAUUUGUGGACUAUUGUUUGCUGUUGUGGUAAAAAGAUGGGUAUGGGAUUACGCUAUUACUGUUACAUUCGUCCAUGUUUCGCUGACUUCAGCAGUUAUGGCUGAGUUUCCACUGGUUUGGCAAUGGUGGCUUGCACUUGGUAGUGGCCUUUUCCUCAUGAUCUCCAAUGGACAGCUGCUUGCCUAUUUUGCUUGCCGCAAUGACCACAGUUACCCUACUUUUGAGAGCUACUGAUGUCAUGUGAAGAAGAAGAUAAGCAGCUUAUCUGCAGACUCUAGAGAUAGAGGUUGCAUUAGCAUAAUUAAAAUAUUAAACCACAGACUCUAGUUAUUUGGUCUGAUACUGCUGUUCAUCGUGUACUAUUUGGUGCUGCUAUUUUUCAGUAUUAUGGCUUCCUGUCUUUUUACAGUUUAUUGAUGUGCAAUAUUUAAUCAGUUUGUUUUAACAGUAUGAUACUUGUAUCUGAAAUCAAGUGGAAUAAAACCGGCAGUGUUGA